GGGAAAUGGUGGCAAUCCUCGUAUCCUGUUCCUGUUACUCUUACUCGAGUACACUGGGAGAUGAAAAGAAAAGGUGAUACAAGACACAUGUCGGGUCAUGUGCAUGUUGGCAUAUUAUUAAGGUUGCUGAGUAACAUAUCUGCGGGUUGUCCCGAGGGCCGAAAAUGGUGAGGGUGGUGGUGUAAGGUAAGCUUCUGUUGUAAGUAGGCCUUUUUUUGGUUUUGCAAGUAUCUAUGGGAUGGUUGGAGGGGGGGCGUGUGGUUGUGGGUGAGCUGAAGGGAUCUGGGAAAGAUGGUGCAUGUGGUGUGAAGGCUAAUGUAUUGACAAGAAGCUUAUGCUUAUGUCUGUGCUUGUGCUUGCUGCUUGUUUCCGCUUCGGGAAAUACCAAACCUACCUAUUUCCCAAACCUACCUUUCGGGUGGACAUGCGGGAAGGAGAGGGGUAGUAGGGUACUUGUACCAUGACUGUACUACCCAUACCUAUAGGUACCUACCUAUAAGAAUGGCUGACUGGACUGUUUCACUCACCCACUCGGACUUUCACAGCGGGAGCUCGCUGAGUAAGGUACCUGUAAGUCUUACCUUACCGUCUUCCGAUCUAGUGUGAGAUGGUCACGCGUGGCUUCCCGUCGAGUACCUGUAUCCUGUCUCCCGUUGAUCUGGCCAUACAUAUGGGUGGCAAGAGCGCUAGCAGUUUUAUAAAGACGUGCCUUCCCUUGACACGCAACUUCCAUCCAACCGUGGAGCUGAAACACUGCCUAUCUCAACCUCGAGGGUUCUGUUUCUCUCAAGUCAUUCCAUUGUGAGGUGACUAUCAAACAAACACAAGUCACGCAGCACCACAUAGAGACACAAUGUCGACCUACAAUGAUGCCGUUGGCGAUGUCGAUAUCAUCUUCGCCGGUGGCGGGGCCGCUGCAUGCGUAGCAGCUGGCAGACUAGCAAAGGCGAAUCCGGAACUGAAGAUUCUUCUGGUUGAAGGUGGACAGAAUAACUUCAACGAGCCUCAGAUCGUCAACCCUGCUAUCUAUCUGAGCAACUUGGCGCCUGAUAGCAAGACUGCCAUUGUAAGUUUUGAAGUCUCCAGCCUGUAACAGAAGAGGAUUAACGAAUUCCCUCCUCGUAGUUCUACAAAUCCAAAGCUUCCAACUUUCUCAAUGGCCGAGAGGCAAUCGUCCCCACAGGCGGUCUUCUUGGGGGCGGAAGUAGCAUCAAUUUCAUGAUGUAUACCCGUGCUCAGGGAAUUGACUUCGACUCUUGGGACACACCUGGUUGGACGGCCAAGGAUAUGUUGGCUAUGUGCAAGAAGCUGGAGACUUUUCAUCCCACUGGCGAGAAAUAUGAUAAGAGCAAACAUGGAUACGAUGGCCCGGUGAGUGUUGGCGAUGGUGGUUAUAGAGGCAAGAUCGGUGAGGAUGGGUUGAUAGAGACGAUUAAGAAAAUGGGGUAUAAAGAGAUAGACGAUCUUCAGGAUCUGGAAUCUAAUGGGGGCUUUGCGGUAUGUUUAUUGUCUUUGCGUUGUUUGAAAAGCUUAGACGAGUUACUAAUGAGAAUAGAGAUGGCAUCGUUAUGUCAGUCCCGAUGGUAUGUAUCUCAAAGUCUAAACCACGAUCACUCCUACGAAUCCUCUGUCCAACGAGGAAUUGUAUACUAAUGCAAAAAAAGGUAAACGACAGGAUGCAGCUCAUCGAUAUAUCCAUCCUCUUCUUCAAUCAGGAAACUACCCCAAUCUUCAUAUCCUGCUUGAAUCAAAAGUCGUCAAAGUACUUUUCGAUGAAUCAUCUCCUCCAAAGGCGAUUGGAGUUGAGUAUAAGUCGAAUCCGAAAGCUCAACCAGAAAUUGGUUUAUCAAAACCAGUUCACAAAACCAUCAAAGCAAAGAAAUUGGUAGUCGUCUCCUCAGGUGCUCUUGGUACACCACAAAUCCUUGAGAGAUCGGGGAUCGGAAAUCCGGAAAUUCUGAAGAAGCUUGACAUACCAGUCGUUGUCGAUCUCCCAGGAGUUGGAGAGGAAUACCAAGAUCACAAUCUUAUAAUGUAUCCCUACAAGACAAAUAUGGGUCAGCCAACACCUUAGCCGGACACCCACUCCCUCGCUAAUUUAGUCAACAGAUGAGGGACAAACACUUGAUGGAUUCUUAAGCGGACGCAAGGAACUUGCCGCAGCACUUGAAACCAAGGACCCUAUGAUUGGAUGGAAUGGAAUUGGUGAGAAACUCUUCCCUGGCCUAGAUUGCUUUCUGACAUUUGGAACCAGACUUUGCGGGAAAACUCAGACCAACAGACGAGGAGAUCGCUGCUCUGGGACCGGAAUUUCAGCAAGAUUGGGAUCGUGACUUUAAACCUUUCCCUAGCAAACCUUUGAUGCUUGUUGGGAGCGUUAACGCUUUCUUAGCUGAUCCAUCACUUGUUGAACCCGGCCAAUAUAUAUCUCUCGGAACGUACACGGCAUAUCCUUACUCUCGAGGUUCCAUCCACAUCACAUCAAAAGAAGACGUGAUCAAUGGCUACGAUUUCGAUGCAGGUUAUCUAAGGCAUCCUUCUGAUGUCAAGAAGCUAGUCUGGGCAUACAAGAUGAGCCGAGAGAUCGUAAGACGAUUUCCAUACUACAAAGGCGAAGUCGAACUUGGACAUCCCAAGUUCAAAAAAGGCUCCAAAGCUGGUAUUCCCACCGGAGAUGUAUCAGCGUUUGCGAUUGACUCACCCAAACUUGAGUAUAGAAAAGAAGACGAUGCUGCGAUUGAGGACUGGGUCCGCGGUAACGUCAACACGACUUGGCAUUCCGUCGGAACCUGCGCUAUGAGAGCGAGGGAAAAGGGAGGUGUGGUUGAUGGUGAUUUGAAUGUUUAUGGGACCAAGGGACUGAAGGUUGUAGAUCUGAGCAUGAUGCCAGAGAAUGUUGGGGCCAACACGAAUAAUGUGAGUCUUCCCCCCCCNCUUUACCAAUCUAUUCUAGUCCAGAUGUGUUCUGACUAUCACUAUCGCAGACCGCACUGGCUGUGGGAGAGAAGGCGGCCACUAUCAUCGCCAAAGAUUUGGGAAUCCAGGUCUAA